AUGCGAUCCUUCUUCAAGAAACCAGACUGGGCGAAAUCGGGUAGUGGCCCAGGCCAGUCAGCCGAAUUUUAUCGGCGCUCUGAACAAGUCUACACUGAUAUUAUCUCCAGGGAGCCCGAAGAGGAAGGGGAUGAGGAUGAGGAUGAGGAUGAGGAUGAAGUAGAUGAUAAGCAGGGAAACCGAGCUUUACAAGGCCACCGGUCGCAAGAAACACAGUCGAGGGACUCAAAACGGCGGCGCAUCUCUCGCGAGGAAAGUGCGCCAUCGACUGGUUCUCAAAUCUUGGAUUCUCAUGGACGUGAAAAGCCCGGAGAGGAUCUGGGAGAUAUCAAGCAGAUAACACCUGCAGAAGCCAUGACACAUACGAAAGCCAAUAGUCCACCUAAGAAAAUGAAUAAUGAACCACUUCCAGCAGCAACAGCAGCAGCAGUUGUAGAACUGGAUUCAGGCUCGGAUGAGGAUCCUUUACGAUUGGAUUCAGAAAAAGCGCGAGCCUCUCAGCCACGCAACAAACAGCUAUCAAGCCAUAAUCUUGAUGAUGACAACGAGGAUAGCAAUGAUGGCUUAUAUGAAGAAGAGGAGUAUGCCCAGUUAGCGCGCAAAGCCCGGGAGCGAGCGCGACAACGACUGGCAGCCUCAGCUAACAACUCUGGAUCUGAUACGAAAGCAGCACCGGGAGGAACACGAGCAACUCAAUCCCUUAACCCCAACCACACAAUAACAAAAUCCACCGGCAACACCCCAAACAGACAAAGCCAGCGCAUGGAGCCCAUCGUGAGGAUCCUGAUAACUUCCGACAUACCAAACACCAGUUCGCUCAUCGUCCAGCGACGACUGAACCAGGAUCUUCGCGACGUGCGCCGAGCUUGGUGUAGCCGGCAAGGCUUCGACGACGACAUGACCACUUCCGUCUUUCUGACCUGGAAGGGUAGACGAUUAUUCGACGUGACGACCUGCAAGAGUUUAGGAGUGCAGCAGGAGAAGGAAAAAGGGCUGCUACAACCACUGCCCAUAAGAAACUAUUACGAUGAUGAUGACGACGACGACGACGACCGUAAUUCCGGCCAGGAUGACGGCUCGAUAGAAAUGCACAUGGAAGCCGUGACGGAGAAAUUAUUUGAAGAGAAGAAACGACAGGCGAUCAAGGCAUCGCAGCGAACCUCUGGCGGCAGUGAUGAAGACGAUGACGACGACGACGACGACGACGAUGAUGAUGACAACAAGACGGAUGAAGAUGGCAAGGAUCGAGCAGAAUUAGGAGCUCAAGGUAAACAGGCUGUCCUCCUGUUAACACUUAAAGCCCCCGGUAUCGAACAUCUGAAGAUAAGAGUGAACAACAAAACACAUAUCUCGUCGAUCAUCAGGAGUUUCCGGGAGAAACGAGGAAUUCCUGCCCACUGCGCGGUUGAGUUGCUGUUCGACGGCGCCCAGUUGCAUCCGGAUUCGGUGGUGGGGGACAAUGAUAUGGCGGACCUUGACGCGAUUGAUGUUCGUAUCAAGUGA